AUGUCAUCAUCUCACGAUGGACGGCUGGGCGGGUUUCUCUUUGGGCCGCCAGAUGAUGGCAACGAAGGCUCUACCGACAAGGGCAAAAGCCGUCAGCGAGCGACGAUGGCUUGCGUUCAUUGUCGAAGAAGGAAGAUCCGCUGUGAUGGUCAAGAGCCAGCCUGUGGCACAUGUCAGCGAUUGAACAAGCCGUGCGAGUACGAAGCAAUCUCAGAAGAAGAGAACGUCAUUGCUCGCGAGAAGAAGAGAGCCUCUCGAAUACGCAAGGCCCAGCUCGCUGGCCUCGCAAGCUUCUCAGCCACCAACAGCCCACUGGGUAUCGCCGGCUCGUCCUCUUCGCGCUUCGUCGUCCCAUCGCCCGGCACACCGUACGGAGCAGUCGUGUCGCCUGAUGCGUACAGCAGCAACAAGCGCUUCUUCUCGGACCACAGCUUCGACACUGGACCAGGAGCACUCCGACGACGGGGUGCUACCGUGUCAGGCCCAACCGACCUGAUGCGAAGUACGUCGACAUCACCGUACUCGACGAUGGGCGGCCUGCAGAUGGGCGGCAUCACUCGUCAGGCGAUGCCCGGUGCUGGCCCUUCGGCCGGCGAAGAAACGGACGUCGUGAGCAGCGAUCUCCCACCCUGGGCCAGGACGACGAUACCGCCUCAGGGCCUGGCAUGGAGUCCAGAUCAGACCUGGCAAGGCCAUUCUACCAACCAAGCAGUCGCACAUCACUCCAAUGCCGGCUUGCGCCGACGUUCCUCUGUCGAUAACAUGCCUUACAUUGGGAAGGGCUCGUGGACAUCAUCGCAAGACACGGUCGCUGCCGCCGCCAGCGCAGCUGCUGCGUUUGCAGCUGCCCAGAGGCCAGCAGCAGCAUUAGCUCCUCGCGUGGGUCACGAGCCACCUGCCUGGCUCACUAAUCGAUCCGUGUCCCACCAAGAGCUGUCCCGUGAUCAACUUCUCAACUGGUCCAACUAUUUCGGCGACCGGACACUCACACCUCUCCAGCAAUCACAUCGCCAGUCGGCGCAACUCUUUCCCAUCUUGCGCCGUACCCCCAAGGGCAAGGCCAAAGCGGCACAGAGGAUCGCAGGAUGA